AUGGCCGCUUCUAUUCGCCAACGAGGCGAGUAUCUGAAAAAUGGCUGCAAAGAAUGCAAACGCCGCAAGAUCAAGUGUGACGAGUUUGUGGACCCUCCGAAAGGGGUGGCUGCCAAAAUCAAUGCGCAGGGCCGGCCCCUGUGCUGGCAGUGUACGCGCCUUGGCAAAGAAUGCGUCUAUCCACGGAGGGGCGAGCGGGUGGCCCGCGUGUCACGCAAGGCGAUGAUGCUGCAAAGCAUGGCGCAUGCAGCAACAAUGCAAGACGUGGGUGUGAUGGCGCCAAGUGUCUCAACCACUGUUGCAGCGCACGCCACAGCUCGAAACGCAGUAAGCGUGCUGCCGCACGUCCCACCUGCCCCGCAGGCGUCUCAGGCACCAUAUGCGUCACAAGCGCAGCCGGUUACGCAGUCAGACAGCGUAGGAUUGCUCCUGAGCGGCUUGAACUUCCCCUCGGUACUGAUGGUGCCGGGAAAUGUCUCGGGAUCCGCUGGUGUCGCUGGUGUCGCUGGUGUCGCUGGUGUCGCUGGUGUCUCUGGUGUUGCGGGUGUCUCUGGUAGCGUGGCCCACAUUCCGCCUCUCAUCCCUCCGACAGUACCCCAUCCCGUGUUCGGUGCGUCAGACUUGACCGACUCGGCGUCCUUGUUCAACAUCAGCCCGUGGCGCCCGUAUGACCACGGCGACUUGACUGGCUUGGCCACAGACUUAAACAAUUUGGUCUCCGAAAUGUCCGAACGCAAUCACCCGACACCGCCUACACCUAUAAGCGAGGGCAGCUCUAGUGAAGAGGCGAAAAGACACCGGGCUCCAGAUGCUAUCCCCCACAAUAUCUUGUUGGACCUGAUCCAAGUCAACGGUCCGCAAGAGCACAUGUUCCUUCAGAGAUUUUACCACGAGUUUGCCAACAUCAUUCUUCCCUUCCAGCUGUAUGAUCCAAUUGCACAAUCUUACUUCAAUCCCGCCCGUGACAUCUUGCUCAAAUCUGCUCGUGAUGAACCAUUCUUGCUUGCAGCCAUCUUAGCCCAAGGUGCACGCCUGUGUUAUGCUCAAUCUGCUUUACCCGAAGAUGAAGAGGCCCACUACCAUUACUUGCUGCGAUGUCUCAAGCUUCUAGGCCCUGCUCUAGGAGAGACCAGUGAAAAAGCUGGUCUGCAACUCGUGUCUAAUAUCGAGUCUGUCCUUCUUACAGUUCUUCUCUUGGCGUCUUCGAACGCCGCAAAUCCAAAGCAAAACUGGCGCCCCCAUUUGAAAGGAGCUAAAGACCUUCUCAUCAAGCACACAGCCAGUCGUGGUGCUGUGGGCCGAUCGAAGGUGCUAGUGUUUUGCAAAUACUGGUUUAUUCUGUUUGAGAUCUUGGCUGGCUUGGGUCUGCGUUUGGGGGGAACCGUUCAUCUGGAGCGUGAGCUCGAUAUCCUUUUGAAUUGCUCUGAUCCGCUCGAAACACACAUCCUCACAGAGCUAGGAGUGUUGCUUCCCAAUGGGUUCAACAUUCUUGGUGGCUAUCACAACGAUUGCAUCCAUCUGUUUCGUGACAUUAUAAAGCUUCUAAACAAAGCACGCAACAACCCCAUGUAUGAGCGCUCCGAAACAUCUGAAUAUGUACGCAUCUUGGGCUCGCUUCACUCUCAGAUGCAAUUCGAGUUCCUCAACCGUCUGGGAAUUUUUAGUACUUCCCAGCUACCUUUGCCGACUAUUCCGCAAGGUCUUUUACUCGAGCGUUUACCAGGUGCUCACGACAAUUUAUUCAUUAGUUGGAUGGACACAUCCCAGCAGACGUAUUUGCUCGCUGCAACCCUUAUCAUGUUGACAAAUUUCUUGUGCUUACCAAUGGCAUCGCCGCAAGUCCAGCUGUUGACAACGAAGCUCACAACUCUUCUUAAUUAUGCCACUGUGGCAUCCCGCACCCUGACGAUCAAGCACGUCAUCAUGAUGGUGCAAUGGCCGGCCCUAGUUGCUGGGCUCCAUGCUGUAGGUUCCAGCGACAAGAUCGUUGUAGGUGACGUCUUACGCUUUGCAACUAGGGUGGGUGCUGGCAGUGCAAGUCACACCUUAGCCCGGUUAGAACGCUUUUGGAUGCAUGCAGGUAAAGGUGAUACAGAACCGGAGGAUCACAUCGACGUCGUCAACUAUUGA